UGAUGCUGGUGUAGUGUGAAAAUGAAAACAUCAUUAGAGAUAAGAGGUUUAUUUAUAAGUGAAGAAGGUAUUGUGAUAAAGUUUCAUUUUUAUGGAAUUUAAGAGAGGUAUGGUUGAAUUUGAUGUUAGUCUUGCAAAGAUCAGGGUUUCUAAUAGAUGGUAGAUAAGUUAGUAAGUGUUUAAUAAUAUGGCGGUGGUCUAGUUAGUUAGGAGGAUUAUACAAAUAAUAGUUAAGGAGGAUAAGAUGUAAAGAUUGAAACAUUUGGUAAAAAUAGGCAGAAGAAGAGAUAAUAAGAUACAUUGAGUAGGCAAGUGGAAAAGGAGCAGUAGAAGUGUGAAAAUGCAAUAUUUUAAAAUUCCAAUCUAUAUUUUUAUUAUGAUUACAUAAAGAUAAGGAUGGAAAGGUGUUGCCCUAGGUUCAUGUAUUGAAUUGUAAAGUCUUUAAUUCGGUU